AUGAAGGAAAGGAGACGCAAAAAUUGUAUUGAUUCUUUACCGCCGCCUUACGGGACAGUGAACUCGGAAGAAGGGGUUAAGGAGGAGGUUAGGAGGUUAUUUUCAGACGAGUUUGUGGAAACUGACUUUGAUAAGCCAACUCUUGAUGGUAUCAAUUUUAAUUCUAUGACUGUUGUGGAUAAGGAGUUGUUAGAGGCAUCUUUCUUGGAUGUUGAAAUCAAGGAAGUUGUGUGGAGUUUUGAAGGAUCUAAUAGCUCGGGGCCAAACAAAUAUAAUUUCUUUUUCAUUCGGAAGUGUUGGAAGUUCCUCAAAAAGGAUUUUUAUAAGUUUUUCAAUGACUUUCAUGGAGGAUCCGAUGUUUUUUUCAAAGCGACCAUCUCUUCUUUCUUGACGCUCAUUCCUAAAAAGUAUAAUCCCUCAAAUCUCGAUGACUAUAGAAUUAUUUUCUUGGUAGGAUGUUUAUAUAAGGCUCUUACUAAACUUUUAGGGAUUAGGCUCAAAUACGUUGUGUUGGCAAAGUUGGUGUCUCAUUGUCAAAGUGCAUUUGUUCUGGGUAGGCAUUUGUUGGACGAUGUUCUCGUGGCUAAUGCGGAGGUGGAUUUUGCUUUGAAGGAGAAGAAAAGUUAUUUGUUAUAUAAGGUUGAUUUCAAAAAAUCUUAUGACAAAGUAAGUUGUUAUUAUCUUAAAUACGUCUUGGUCAGAAUAGGAUUCAGGGAUAAAUGA